AUGAUCAUGCUAAAGACCUCAGAUGGUGAUGAGUUUGAGGUCGAGGAGGUGGUCGCCAUGGAGUCCCUGACCAUCCGCCACAUGAUCGAGGAUGAGUGCGCCGACAACGAGAUCCUAAUCCCCAACGUCGAUUCCAAGAUCCUCUCUAAGGUCAUCGAGUACUGCUACAAGCACGUCCAUGCCAAGCCAUGCGCUACCGCCGGUGGAUCCACCUAUGUCGUUGUGUCUGAUACCGCGGCUAACGCCACCCUAGCAGAGGACCUCAAGAACUGGGAUGUAGAGUUCGUCAAGGUCAACCCGACCGUCCUCUACGACAUCAUCCUGGCUGCAUGCUAUCUUAACAUCGAGGCACUGGUGAACCUAAUAUCCCAGACUAUGACCGACAUGAUCAAGGGCAAAACUACGGAGGAGAUACGCAAGAUGUUCAACCUGAAGAACGACUUCAUGCUCGAGGAGUAGGAGAAGAUUCACACGGAGAACCAAUGGGCAUUUGAGUAGAGGAGCGUCUAAGCUACACUGAAUGAACGCUUACUGUUCAUCAUGUCAACCUUUGAGAUCCCUUCUUUAUGUCGUAAUGGGUUUUAAUUUCUGGGCCCUAUGAGGUGGUUAUGUU